AUGGAACGGAGAAACCAUUCGAGCCUGGCCGAGUUCGUGUUCCUUGGUUUCCCCAAAGUGGGACAUGUCAGGGGCUGGCUUUUUGCCCUGUUGCUGUUGGCAUAUCUGUUCACUUUCUGUGGCAACUUGCUCACCUUCUUGGCCAUACGACUGAACGCAGCCCUGCACACACCCAUGUACCAUUUUGUCAGUAUACUCUCCUUAUUGGAACUGUGGUAUACAGCCACCACCAUCCCCAACAUGCUAGCCAAUCUUCUCCGUGAGAAGAAGACCAUUUCUUUUGCCGGAUGCCUCCUUCAGACCUACUUCUUCCACUCUCUAGGGGCCUCUGAAUGCUACCUUCUUACAGCCAUGGCCUAUGACCGAUACCUGGCCAUCUGCCGGCCCCUCCACUACCCUGCAGUUAUGACCCCGACACUCUGUGGCAAGUUGGCUGCUGGUUGUUGGACUUGUGGCUUCCUGUGUCCCAUUUCUGAAGUCAUCCUGGUCUCCCAGCUCCCCUUUUGUGGCUAUAAUGAAAUUCAACACAUCUUCUGUGACUUUCCACCUCUGCUGAGCCUGGCCUGCAAGGACACAUCCACGAAUGUCCUUGUGGACUUUGCUAUCAAUGCCUUUAUCAUUCUUAUCACCUUCCUCUUUAUUAUGGUUUCUUAUGGAAGAAUCAUCAGUGCUGUACUGAAGAUAAAAACAGCCGAAGGAAGAAAGAAGGCCUUCUCUACCUGUGCCUCACAUCUCACUGUGGUUCUCAUCUUUUUUGGGAGUAUCAUUUUCAUGUAUGUGCGCCUAAAGAAGAGCUAUUCCCUGACCCUUGACCGCACGCUUGCUGUAGUCUACUCUGUACUAACACCACUCGUCAACCCAAUUAUCUACAGUCUUCGUAACAAGGAACUCAUUAAGGCCAUCAAGAGGACCAUCUGCCAGAAGUCAGGAAGGGCUCACCAUUGA